UAUGGAUUGCUGGAAGAGAGCCACAGGCCACAGCUGGAUUUAUCCCACACUGAUCAUCUGUGCAAAUGGAUUUUUCUCCACAAUGAGGCCAUCAGAACCUUUUCUCACUCCUUAUCUAACUGGACCAGAAAAAAACCUAACGAUUGAAGAGGUUACCAACCAGAUUUUCCCAGUUUGGACAUACUCCUACCUUGCACUCCUUUUCCCAGUCUUCCUGAUUACAGACUACGUGCGCUACAAGCCCGUCCUCCUCCUCCAGGGCGUCAGCUUCAUCGUCACGUGGCUCUUGCUCCUCUUCGCACACGGAGUGGUGGCCAUGCAGGCGGUGGAAUUCUUCUACGGGAUGGUGACAGCCACCGAGGUCGCCUAUUACGCCUACAUCUACAGUGUCGUCAGCACCGAUCACUAUCAGAGAGUGACGAGCUAUUGCAGAAGUAUCACUCUUGUUGCAGCCACCGUUGCGGCCGUGCUGGGACAGCUGCUGGUUUCCUUAGCAGAUGUAUCCUACUUUCACCUUAACGCCAUUACUUUGGCUUCCGUGUCCCUGGCAUUUGUUUGUUCCUUUUUUCUCCCAAUGCCCCAAAAGAGUAUGUUCUUCCACAGGAAAGAUGUCACAGAAACUCUCCCAGGACCAGAUAAAGUGGUGGCUACAGUCGGCUCCGACAGGCCAGCGAGCUGCCAAGAGGACAACAGCUCUGUAUCUGCUGACAGGGGACCAGCACCUGAACCGCAGGCUGAUAAUCCCAAGCCCCAGAAUCACAAGCUCAGUGUACUGGUGCAGCUGAGCAAGGACCUGAGGGCUUGCUACAGCUCUAGGAAACUUCUGUACUGGUCCCUGUGGUGGGCUCUGGCUACAGCAGGCUUUAACCAGGUUCUGAAUUAUAUCCAAGUGCUGUGGGACUUCAAAGCCCCCUCUCACAGCUCUGCAGUGUACAAUGGAGCUGUUGAAGCAAUAGCAACUAUUUUAGGCUCAGCAACUUCCAUGGCAGUUGGAUACAUCAAAGUAAACUGGGAUCUUUCUGGAGAACUGGCUUUGGGAAUUUUCUCUGCAAUGGAUGCCGGUUCUCUAUUUCUCAUGCACUUUACUGACAACAUCUGGGCAUGUUAUGCUGGUUACCUUGUGUUUAAAGCAUGCUACAUGCUCCUUAUAACAAUAGCAACGUUUCAGAUUGCUGUCAAUCUAAGCAUGCAGCGUUACGCUUUGAUGUUUGGCUUCAACAACUUUGUUGCACUGGUGAUUCAGACAAUUUUAACUGUUGUUGUAGUAGACUCAAAAGGCCUGGGACUGGAUAUCAGCACCCAGUUUCUCAUUUAUAGCAGCUACUUCACAUUCAUAGCUGGAAUUUUCCUGAUCAGAAGCAUAUACACCAUUAUGUCCAUCAAAUGCAGAAAUACUAGUGUAGCUAGUGAAAGCAUUGAUCAUUAACAAUGGAGACAAAAAGAAUGGUUGCAAGCAACAGUGCAGAAGGCUGCACCAUCUGAACAAUGAAUUAGGAGAAACAACGUUCAAUCAAGCAAGACAGUCAACAGUGAAACAGGCUGUUUAUGAGCCUACAGCAUAAAGAGCUUUGUCAACAGGAUGACGCAUUUCACCCGUUUCCUUCAUCAGUAGUUUAAUACCAAACAAUCCUCAAUCAAUCUUCAAUUUCAACUCAAAUUUAGUGAUCUGACCCCAAAACUUCGAUUAAUGCCACAAGCAAGUACAUACAGUACCUCGCAACAGAGGAGCUUAGAGAACACAACCUCUGAACUUUCACUUCUACCAAGUAUUUCAAUUAAAUGCAAUUUAGUCAUAGACAUAAGAUCUUCAAACACUCCUAGGGAAUCUCAAGAAGCAGUUGCCCCAGAGCAGCUAGAUGACCUGUUGGAAAGCUUGCCACAGAAGCGUUUUGAAAACUUAAGACUUCUUCAACUGGAAGUUGUGACAUGCAUUUUUAAAGCAAGUUAACAAAUAGCAAUAAACCAGUUUUUACCAAAAGAUGCUACUUCUGUAUGUUCAAAGGUAGAUUACUACAAUGCUGUAUAGCACAGCAAUACUGCCACUUCAAUUUACAAAUGGCCAAAUGCAGUCAUUUUGGAUUCCACACAGACAAUGCACUCCUCAGAAAUCUGAAGUUACAGGACUGUAAGGAAAACGUCGUUAUAUAGAUAAGCUGCUACUGAUGCAGUGACAGCUUUACUGUGAGUUUGUUGGAGAUGUACAAAUAAAACACACUAACCUUC